UUGAACCUAUUUUAAUUGUUCUUAGAUUUCUCACUGUUUCAUAUGUUUUGCGACCACGGUACGAUGUACUUGCCUGUGUAGCAUGUGAGGCACUCGCAGAGAGGGAGAAGAUCAGAGAGAGUAGUUGAGGGAGAAGCUCAUAAAUGGGGUCCUCGUCUCUUCAGGGUGUUGCAUCACUGGCAUUCUCUCCUACCCAUUCUCGCCUCUCGCGCACUCGACGACCCAAUGUUUGUUGUUUGCCUCUGAAAGCCAGAAGCGAUCAAAGUCCCUUUCAAAUCGAAGGAGAGCUUCACUUCAAUUCUAAGGUUGAGAAGUUGUUAGAUUGCAUAAAGUGGGACGACAAAGGUUUGGCUGUUGCGAUUGCUCAAAAUGUGAACACAGGAGCUAUCCUAAUGCAAGGGUUUGCAAACAGGGAUGCACUUGCAACGACCCUCUCAUCUCGAAAGGCGACUUUCUACAGUCGGUCUCGGUCUUCUCUGUGGACUAAGGGAGAGACGUCAAUGAACUUCAUCAAUGUGCUAGACGUGUUUAUCGAUUGUGAUCAUGAUUCUAUAAUAUAUCUUGGGAAGCCUGAAGGACCUACAUGUCAUACAGGGGAAGAGACCUGCUAUUUCACUUCUGCUUUAGAUCUUAUGCAACCUUCAAAGGAUGAAGCAAAUAGGCUGGCAUCUACAACUUUGUACUCAUUGGAGUCCACAAUAUAUGAACGUAAAGAUAAUCUAGGAGCAAACCCGAACGAAAAACCAUCAUGGACAAAACGAUUAUUACAAGAUGAGAAGCUCCUAUGCUCCAAAAUCCGGGAGGAGGCAGAUGAAUUGUGCCGAACUUUGGAGGAUAGAGAAGAGAGUUCUCGAACUGCUUCUGAGAUGGCAGACGUGCUUUACCAUGCCAUGGUGCUGCUUGCAGUUAAAGGCAUUAAAAUGGAGGAUGUUCUUGAAGUCCUUAGGGCUCGUUUCUCUCAGUCGGGGGUCGAGGAAAAGAAGGCUCGGCAGUUGAACCACUAAUUUUGAUGAUUUGAUUUGUGCUGUAGCGAUAUUGUUAUAAAAUUGUACUCCGUACCCUGGCCCUGGUCUUCUUUUCAUGAACUUGGGUUAUACAAUUUUGAAUGUUGCAUUUUAUUUUGUUGGGGUCAUGCACAACACUAAGCAAAUAUCAUGGAUCAUAGAAGGUGUUUUGGCAUGUUUUUUGUUUUGCAUCAAAGAUGAUCUUGAUUUAGGUUUAUUUGGAAAUUAGAGUCCAGGACAGCAGUUGAAAAGAGUGUCUGUGAAAUGCUUGUUUUGUAUCCAUCAAAUAGUAUUUUGUUGAUAAUUUUUGCUAGGUAUCUUCGCAUUGAGA